AGUAGCUCGCCGCACGCCCGCCCCCCGAAAGGGUCAGCUCCCCAGCGCGGCCCUCUCAUUGGCCGAGCGAGCCGUCAAUCAGAGGAUUAUCCGUGUCCGGGUAGGUUGAUUACGGUCUGCAGCGCUGAGCAGAGCGGGGCUGUGGAGUAGCCGUGCAUUUAAAACCGCCCAGGGAAGACACCGCAUUUACGAGGCUAGUUUAGUGUUUUUUUGCUGCCUCCGUCCCUCCCUCCUCGCCCCGGCUUCACUCUCUGCGGUCCACAAUGAGUUGGUCGAGAGGAAUGCAGCACCGGUUUACCUGAGCAAGUGUGUUUCUGUGAAGCCCACCACUACACACUUACUCUGCUGUGACUUUUUAUUGCAUUUAAUUGGAUGCCGCGUCGGGCUGUUGCUGCCACCCUGAGAGAAAUAGGAGGACUCUUGCUUGUGUCAACUUGAGUGUUUGCCUUUAACUAAAGAAUAGGUUAUGUAGGUAGGCAUUGCUUUUGGAUACAUCUCCGCCCCGUUGUUUACAUGUUGUAAUUGGAUUUUCCAUCAUUUCAAGCAGCAGCAGCAGCAGCAGCAGUAGUAGCAGCUCAGAGUUUUCCCUCCUCCUCCUCCUCCUCUUGUUCCUCCGUCUCCUGUGUGGAGCUUUUUUUGUCGGGUCGUCCAGGUUGUGUGAGAAGAAGAUGGGACUACCUGCCCUGGAGUUCAGCGACUGCUACCUGGACAGCCCGCAGUUCAGGGACAGACUCAAGUCCCACGAGCUGGAGCUGGACAAGACCAACAAGUUCAUCAAGGAGCUGAUCAAAGACGGCAAGGCGCUCAUCCAGGCUUUAAAAAGUCUGUCAACGGCCAAGAGGAAGUUUGCCGACUCUCUCAACGAGUUUAAAUUCCAGUGUAUUGGAGACGCCGAGACGGACGAUGAGAUAUGCAUAGCCAAGUCUCUUCAGGAGUUUGCUGCGGUGCUACAGAACCUGGAGGAUGAGAGGACCCGCAUGAUCGAGAAUGCCAACGAUGUUCUGAUUAUGCCUCUGGAGCGGUUCAGAAAAGAACAGAUCAGUGCAGCAAAGGAGGCCAAGAAAAAAUAUGACAAAGAGACAGAGAAGUACUGUGCAGUGCUGGAGAAGCACCUCAGCCUGUCAGCCAGGAAGAAAGAGUCACAUCUACAUGAGGCGGACAACCAGGUAGAUAACGUUCGGCAGCACUUCUAUGAGGUUUCUCUGGAGUACGUCUUCAAGGUGCAGGAGGUCCAAGAGAGAAAGAUGUUUGACUUCGUGGAGCCUCUGUUAGCGUUCCUCCAAGGCCUGUUCACCUACUAUCACCAUGGAUAUGAGCUGGCAAAGGACUUCAACCACUUCAAGACUGAUCUCACCAUCAGCAUACAGAAUACGAGGAACCGUUUUGAGAGCACGCGGUCGGAGGUGGAGAGUCUCAUGAGGAAGAUGAAGGAGAAUCCACACGAACACAAGAGUGUCAGCCAGCACACCAUGGAGGGAUACCUGUUUGUGCAGGAGAAACGCUCUUUUGUUUCCACCUGGGUAAAGUACUACUGUACGUACCAUCGUGAGCCCAAGAGGGUCACCAUGGUCCUGUUUGACCCGAAAUCAGGAGGGAAGACGGGAGAAGAGGACAGCUUCACCUUGAAGUCGUGCACCAGGAGGAAGACAGACUCGAUAGAAAAGAGGUUCUGCUUUGACGUGGAGGCUGUGGACAGGCCGGGAGUAAUCACCAUGCAGGCUCUGUCAGAAGAGGACCGCAGGUUGUGGAUGGAGGCCAUGGAUGGGAGAGAACCGGUGUACAAUCUGAACAAAGACAACCAGGCUGAAGGCCUGGCCCAGCUGGAUGUGACUGGGUUCAACGUGAUGAAAAAGUUUAUUUAUGCAGUGGAAACUCGAGGUAUCGAUGAUCAGGGCUUGUACAGAAUCGUUGGCGUCAACUCCAGAGUCCAAAAACUACUGAGUCUUGCGAUGGAUCCUAAGACGUGUGCUGAUGUGGAGCUGGAAAACCCAGAGUGGGAGAUCAAGACUAUCACAAGUGCCAUCAAGCACUAUCUCAGAGUGCUGCCCGCACCUCUCAUGACGUACCAGUACCAGAGGAGCUUCAUCAAAGCUGCCAAGUUGGACAACCAAGAGGCCAGAGUGACAGAGAUCCAUGCCCUGGUGCACCGGCUACCGGAGAAGAACAGACAGAUGCUGGAGCUGCUGAUGAAACACCUGGCCACCGUGGCCAGUCACCACCAGCAGAACCUGAUGACCAUCGCCAAUCUGGGUGUGGUCUUCGGGCCAACUCUGCUCCGCCCACAGGAGGAGACGGUGGCAGCCAUCAUGGACAUCAAGUUCCAGAACAUUGUAGUCGAGAUCCUCAUAGAGCACCAUGAGAAGAUAUUCCGGGACGUGCCGAUUUCUGUAAGCGGCCCGACCAACUUGCAGCUCAACCUGUCUAGGAGGAGAAGCACCGAGAGCAAAGCUCCGUCCUGCAGUGAGAGGCCGCUCACGCUCUUCCACACACCAACACACUCCCAGAAAGGUGAAAAGAAGAACAGUCUGGUCAACGCUACAGUGGCUGAGCUGCAGCAGCCGGUUUCUUCCUCUGCCAACUGUAACAGCAGCAGCAGUAGCAGCAGCAGCAGCCAAGGCCGGACCCCCAGACACAGCCUGACCAGCAACGACGGAGAGCAGGACACCCGGCAGAUCCGGCCCAGCUCACUGCUGAACCCAAAGAGUCGUGGCAGCAUACCAACUAGCGCGAUGUCUCCCAGCCCCACCUCGCCACGCUCUCCCUCCUGGCCGAUGUUCUCAGCCCCGUCGAGUCCUCAGCCGGCCUCCUCCGCCUCCAGUGACUCCUCCCCUGUCAGUAUUACAGGCAGGAAGGCUCGAGCGCUGUAUGCCUGCAAGGCGGAGCAUAACUCAGAGCUGUCCUUCAUCGCCGGUACCAUCUUUGAGAAUGUUCAUGCCUCCAGGGAGCCCGGCUGGCUGGAAGGGACUCUGGAAGGCCGAACAGGGUUGAUACCAGAAAACUAUGUGGAGUUUUUAUAGUCCAGGGCCGAGAAAAAGACUUGAACUGGACAAUACUGGACUGGAGUUGACCAAACUGGACUGGAGAGGACUAUAUCUGCACAAUAUUGAACAGACUCUAUUAGAUUGUAUACUAUAAUGGACUGGACCAUUGUUGAUAAGGCCUCUUUUGUCUUGGCUGGACUGGGAAUUGAAACUGGACCAAGCAGAAACAUAGAAUGGUAUGAUGCAGGACCGAAGGAGAGACCCAAGAAUUGCACUGGAAAAAAAAAAAGAUGAGUCCCACUGUGUUUCCCAACUGUUGGAUUAGUGUGGAUGGCUUCCCAAGUCCUGGAGAAGAGAAUGUGGUAAUGAACCUGGAAUGUGUGUGAGAGAAAAGAGUGUGGAAAUCACAUGUAUAAAUGAGUUGACAUUUCUGAGCUGUAAGGUUUUCAGCCCUUGCUUUAUGACUUUAAACUGCACUGCCAUUGCUUCAGAAUCUCCUCUUUUUGUCAGCCAGAAAUAGAAGAAAUCUCCCUGUGGAUAUGAUGGAAAUGAUGACAGGGAACAAGAUAAAAAGCAAGUGGCCUUUAACUUGCGGACUUGCAAGUUCACUUCCUCACUGUGCGCUGUUUGAAUGAUUGCUAAUCCCAUUUGGGGGGACCGGAGCUUUUAAAGCCGAUUUAUAUGACUGGGUUUUAGUUGUACGGCUGUAAAUGUGUUUGUGAGCACUUGCUGUGGCGGUCUGGUAAUUCCCUAGGUCAAGACUCAACCUGGCGAAUGCUUUAGAGCUCCAGUUGAGCAGCAGGAGCCCCAGGGCAGAUCAGCACAGGAUGAGGUCGUCUUCAAAACAAUUCGUCAAAAGGUCACCGUCAGGUUUAUCCUUGUUUAUAAUGCCUCUCCCUGCAGAGCCCUCACAAAAAAAUGUAAAAUAAAAAAUUCAAACAAGCUCCACAAGCAGAUCAGCGAUUUACAAUGUAGAGUAACAACUGGUUCCUGCUGGUAAAAACAAGCCAAGCUGUGAGGCUUCGUUCGGCUUUCCCAGCUUAUUUUUUGAUUGUUGGAAAUAAUUGGAUCCAAUUUUGUAUAAUGUUGAAUUAUGUUGUAUUUUUCACAUCCCAGAGCCCCUUGUUUUUACCAUCAUGCAGAUUCAACCUUUACUGUAAAUGCUUUAAUCUUGAGCCAACAACUAAAGUAAU